AUGCCUGUGGAGGCAGAAGUGGAGAGAAGGAAGCAGCUGCCCCGGCAGGCGGUGGAACGCAGAGCCAUCAUCUGCAGGUGCUACAGGCAGAGGCACCCAGAAGUCUACGUGCUGCAGGAUUCAUUCCUGGCCCCAGAUUUUCUAGCAAUCGUGAGGUACUGCACGUCGCCCGCUGCUCACCUCGGCGGCCUCCUGCCCUACCUCCAGGCCUUCUCAGAAGAUAAGAGGAUCUACCGGCUCCCGGUGUUCACAGAGGAGUUCUGCCAAGCCCUUGUCGAGGAGCUGGAGAACUUUGAGCAGUCAGACAUGCCUAAAGGCAGGCCCAACACUAUGAAUAAGUAUGGGGUGUUGCUAAAUGAGCUUGGGAUGGAUGAGACAUUCAUCACCCCCCUGCGUGAGAAAUACCUGCGGCCCAUCACGGCCCUGCUCUACCCUGACCUGGGGGGCUCUGCUCUGGACAGCCACAAGGCUUUUGUUGUCAAGUACUCACUGCACGAAGAUCUGGAUCUGAGCUCUCACUAUGACAACUCAGAAGUCACCUUGAAUGUUUCCCUGGGAAAAGACUUCACAGAAGGCAACUUGUACUUCGGGGAUUUCAGACAGGAUCCAACCCCUGUGCCGAAGUACAUCGAGAUCGAGCACGUGGCAGCCCAGGGGCUGUUGCACCGAGGAGGGCAGAUCCAUGGGGCCCUUCCCAUUGCCUCUGGGGAACGCUGGAACCUCAUUGUUUGGAUGAGAUCAUCUGCCAUCCGCAACCAGCUCUGCCCCAUGUGCAACAAGAAGCCUGAGCUGGUGGAAGCAGAGGGCUUUGGAGAUGGCUUCACUGAAACCCUCGAGGACGACGUGCCCGAGACUGUUAAUGUCUGUUCCUUGUGGUAG